AAGUGCUCUAAACCCGAACGCGAAUGCCUAUGCUAUAUUCGGCCCUUUGGCCAACCAAAGGAGAAAAACGAACGUCUCAUCUCGCGCCCUCGGGUGCUCACGCGAGACGCACGAAUCCCAGCGUCUUUGGUGUUGCUGCUGGCCGCCUAGCUCCAUCAGUAACGCUCGUGAUCACAUCAUCACAUCAUCGUGAUGCUCGUGCCGUGUCGGGACGUGCGUGUGCGUAAUUUCGUAAAGCCGUGAAUACUUCAUUCCCCACUGUUGCACCGUUGCACCCACUAUCGGGUUGGUGCAAAACAAGUGCAAACGAGUGAGCAAAACCAAAAAAAAAAACACACAAAAAAGGAUACAUUUCUAGCAAAACGAAAGGAACGAGUUUCGAUUAGUGUGUUUUUGCUUUCCCUGAGCAACAAGCUUAUACGAAGCGCGUAAGUAAAGUUUCCACGUAACUGUAGGUGAACCCACUGGAGACUGCUGUACGGGGAAAAGCCCGGAACCGGAAAAAUCUUUUCGGUGAAAAUUUAAUCCUUGUGCCAUUGUUUUUGUGUGUGUAUGUGUGUUAAACUCCAAUCACCUUUGAAGUACAGUCCAGGGAGAAAGGGAAAAGAAAUAACGAACCACUUCAUAAGCCAAAGCAAGGGCAAAAUCCUUUUCCUCCCGAGUCCGGAGUUGAUGCAACCGCCAUUCGACCAUCACAUCCAAAAGCGCCGUGCCAGCGAACCGGAAGUGUUUAUGUAAUCAGAGCAACGGAGCACUCGAAUUGUGUUCGGCGUGUAUGUGUUUGUGUGCUUUUGUUAGUGUGUAGUGCCCGGCCAUAAGCUCGGCAAAAGCUGGGACGAAUAAAUCCACCCAAGCUUGCAACAUUGCAGUGCUUAGACCACGGGAAGAAUGAUAAAGCGUCAAGAAGGCCAGAAAAGCAGCAUUUGCGAAAUCAUGUCCUGAGAGUGUCCCUGUCGUGAGGUUGUGAAAGGUGAGGUGAGAAAAGUAUCUUUGUAGUAGUCACAUGCCUAUCCAUACCGGCCGUAUUUGUUGCUGAUUGUGCAUAUGCGGAUUUGUCGCAGGGUGUGUGUCGUGAGUCGCUGUGUGCGUGUGUGUGUGUAAAUGGUUAGAAUUUCUCGGCGGGAAUAUCUAACAACCGGAAACAACCGGAAGUGGCCAUUUGUGGCGUGGGGGCGCGAGAAGGGAAAGAGAAGGUGCGAAAGAGAAAAGGAGAAUGUGUGACACGCGGGUGAAACAGGAUGCAUAAUAAGGAUAAAAGCUUUCCGUUGUGCCAGCGCGAAAGUGAACGGUGAUUAUCGUGCUCACAUUGUCUGCCAAUUCCUAUUGUGCAGCAGUUAGUGUGUGUGUGUGUAUGUGUGUGUUGUUGAGGUAUUUUACUAAGCGCCAGCUAACAGCGCUUUAAAUCAACAGUGUUGCCGUAAGAAUCGCAUCAAAUCGAAAUUGUUCGCUCGCGUCCCGCUGCUGAUGAGAAAAUGCCGGAAAAGCGUCGCCUCUAACCGGAAACCGGAAACGAGAUACUUUUUGGGACGUGUCGACCGGUGUGGAGCCACGCCAAGAGCAACGGGUUUUGCUGACAGCUCAACAGCUAUCCAUUAGCGAUAAGGAAACCGAAACGAGCCACCAUGCGAUGGCACUACCACCAGCAGCAGCAGCACGGACCGGAAAAAUAAACAACGAAUUUGGAAAGAUCAUCUUUUGCCGCAUCCUGCUACAACCGUAUAACCCUGUUCCUGUUUCCGCAUGCGUGCAGUUAAAGUUUGUGUGAAGUGAGCUAAAGCAAAAAGAGGAAAGAAAAAAGUAUAUAUAGGGGAGGAAAAUUGUUGCUACCCGACGGAAAAGAUAGCGUGCGAUAAGCGGGCACUGGAAGUGGAUAGAAAAUUGAUAUCUUGUUGUGAAAAUACAAGUGCUCCCCCGAGUUUUGGUAUCGUUAUUUCAGUGUGCUUGGUGAAAACCGUUCGUCACGGGGAAAAAACCCAUUGUGUAAAAGGGAAAAAUACCGAUCGAAAGCGUUUCUGUGCGGAAAAGUGCGUGUGUGUGAUUCAUCGCGAUGGGUGUGUAUGGGUGGGUCCGGUCGUAUAUACGUGCGUAUGGCCACUAGGUAUGGCGUAUAUCUGACACCAGUGCGAUGACAUUUUCACGACAGUUUGUUGAGCACGUCACCGGUGGUACGAGCGCAGAAGACGCUGGCGGCGGAGAACCCGGCCGUGGUACGACACGCUACUCGAAAGGUCAUCUCAUCACCUCAAGGACGAUGUCGAGUGGUAGCAGACGGCGAACCGUGACGACAACCGUGCACCGGCUGAUGGCGCUUGGGCUGCUCGCGAUGGCCAGCGUCGUUGGUGCUUCCUACUCCGAUACGGACGAUCUAAUCAACGAGCUCGAUCGACCGAUUCCCAUCACAACGGUCAGCGGAGUGUUGGGCAAACAGGCCAGCCUACCGUGCGAUAUAACGCCACUCGAGCGGGACGAUGCCGUGUAUAUGGUGCUGUGGUUCAAGGAGGACGACAACGAACCACUCUACAACUUCGAUGUGCGGGGACGCCAAGUAGCCCAGGCCCGGCUCUCCUCGUCGGACAAGUACUUCGGCAAGCGGGCCUUUUUCCGUGCCACGACUCAUCCCGCCCAGCUGCUGGUGGACGAGAUCAAACUCUCCGACGAAGGGAUGUACCGGUGUCGCGUUGACUUUCGCAACUCGCCCACGCGCAAUCUGAAAAUAAACUUCACUGUGAUAGUACCACCCGAUCGACCCAUUAUCUACGAUUCGCGGCGCCGAGAAAAGGCCAACACGGUCGAACCGUACAGCGAGGGCAGCGACAUUGCACUGAUCUGUGAGGUCAAAGGAGGACGUCCCCGGCCGAACGUUACCUGGUACCUGGACAACAGUGUCAUCGAUGAGUCGUUCGAAACCCGACCGGACGGCACAACGGUCAAUCAUCUGUCCUAUCCAAACAUUGGCCGACAGCAUCUGGACGCCCGGUUGAUGUGCGUCGCGAGCAAUACGAACCUGACGCCGCCCAACAAUAAAGUAGUCGUUCUGGACGUCAACCUCAAACCGGUCGCGGUGCACAUCAUGGCAAAGGAGAAGUUCGUCUCCGCCGACAAGCGGUACGAGAUUGAGUGCAAAAGUUCAGGCUCCCGCCCAGAAGCGGCCAUCUCGUGGUGGAAAGGUACCCGCAUGCUGAAGCGCGUUACGAAGAAUUUCUCGGAAACUGGCAACCAAUCACUCAGCGUUAUAUCGUACACACCGACGGUGGACGAUGAUGGCAAAUAUUUGACUUGCCGGGCCGAGAACCCGCUCAUCCCGGACAGCGCAAUCGAGGACAAGUGGCGACUGGUGGUGCAUUACAUGCCGAUCGUGACGCUCAAAAUGGGAUCAUCCCUUAAUCCGGACGACAUUAAGGAGGGUGAUGACAUAUACUUCGACUGCCACAUCCAAUCGAAUCCUAAACCGUACAAGCUUGCCUGGUAUCACGAUGGAAACGAACUCCAUCAUAACGUCACAGCUGGCAUCAUCCUGUCCGACCAUUCGCUGGCACUGCAAGGUGUGUCCCGCAGCCUGGCCGGAGAUUACACCUGCAUGGCGGCAAACACUGAGGGCCGCGGUACGAGCAAUCACGUCACACUUCGCGUGCGCUAUGCACCAGUGUGUGCAGUGGAUCGCGAGGAACUGUUGGGCGCACUCAAGCACGAAACGCUGCAGCUGAAGUGUGAAGUCGAUGCGUCUCCACCGGCAGAAUCCUUCCACUGGACGUUCAACUCAUCCGGCGAACAAACCGAACUACCGUCCCGUCUACACUCGAGCGAGACCGGGCUAUCGAGGCUUAAUUACACGCCGACAUCCGAUCUGGACUACGGGACGAUAUCCUGCUGGGGGCGGAACGCGAUCGGUGUGCAAAAGUCACCCUGCGUCUUCCAAGUCGUCGCUGCAGGACGCCCUUUUGCACUGCAGAACUGCACCGUGUCGAAUCAAUCAGCCGACUCCCUGCACAUCGAGUGCAUCGAGGGUUUCGAUGGUGGGCUGCCACAGAUGUUCCUGCUGGAGUUGGUAGAGGUGCCCGUCCUGCGAUUAGUUAGAAAUUUAAGCUUACAGCAUCCGCCGGUACAGUUCUUCAUAGAUAACCUCGAACCGGGCAGCUCGUACCGCAUCAUACUGUUCGCCGCCAACGCCAAAGGCCGCUCGGAGCCGGUCAUAAUAGAUGAUAUUACCUUCAAGGGUGUGGCCAAAUACACAGGCGUGUCCAACGUUAUGAAUGUUCCUUUAUCACCGGUAUUAGCCGCAUUAACACUCACCGUGGCCAUCCUGUUCGCCGUAGUCUGCAUCGUACUGGCGACCAUCUACCGGCGACAUGCGAGCAAAAACACGACCAAAAAACUGAAGCCCACCAAAACCGCCCAACUAACGUCGACGCCCGACUGCCAGCUCGACUCGACCGUACAUCAUCAGACGCACGAUCCGAACGGCAUCCAGACGCCGCUGGUUGAUAGUGGGGUGGGCGGGAUUGGCCGGCGCGGUAGUCCCACGAUGGGUGGCGAACCACCGGAUGGGGAUGAAACCGAUCCGGAUGUGAUACCGAAUCAGUACGAACGAAGGCCACCGAAGACGACACUACCUACGCCGCUGUUCCGCAGCCCGUCAGCAAGACUGAUACACCGCAAUGGCGGUGAGCAUCUGCUCCACGAGGAGGAGCGACAUUGUGAUGGAUCCAGUCUGGCCUCCCUGACCGGGUCGAACACUGAAGUACAUCAUUAUUCGUUUAAGCCUAGUAAACAAAUCAGCUAUGCCACCUUGGGACGGGCAAACAAUAGUAGCGUCACCUCGACGCUUAGUCCACUAAGUCAGCAAGCGUCAACGGGGACGCUGCCACUGCCGUCAAUGUCCGUUACUGGUGUUGGUGCGGUUGGGAGUUUGCUGAGCAGUCCCGCCUCCCAAUCGCUCGUCACCUCGACACUGAACGAGUACCGGUUUCGGCCCGAGGUGGUCACCACAUCAAACCGAAUACAGGAAAGUUGUAUAUAAUGUGUAAAACCAUUGUCACCAAGUAUCCCUCUCAAAACAACCCCUUUCCCCAACGGAUUAGUGUAAGUGUUUUAUGCGAGGGCUGGAACGUAUGCGUUAAAUUCCUUCCGCACAGCCAUAGCCCGUAUACAUAUCCUCCUGCUGAAUCUUCCGCCAAAAAGAAAACUGAAAAAAAACCAUAUCCUCCCUAUUCAACCCUCCCACAUCGACGUCGUGAGCGAGUAUGUACCGUGAGUGAUUGUGUGUAAGUUUAGCCCGUAGUACCCGUAUCGUAGAGCCUUUUGUUUUAGAAACAGUGAAAUGGAACGAAUUUUUGGGAAUGCGUAAGGCGCCAUAGUUAAGGAUCGAUGGGAUUCAGCCCGUUUAUAGGCUUUCCCGGGGGCGAGGGAAGGGCGUCUUCAGGUGAUUGUACAUAUUUUAGCCAAGAUCGAUAUAGAUUGAGCCGCAUGUGUGUCGAGCAGGUGCAGCAAGCAAAAAACGCCCCCGGACGGAAUCACAUUCGAUGUGACAUAUCUUAGUAGCGUACGAGCGCCCUUGUAGUGUGCGCACAAGAUUCCAAGACAUUGCGUUAAUGACUGGACAAUAAACCUGGAUGAAGUCUGUCUAGAUACACACACACACAGAGAUGAAAGCUGCAUAGCCACAAAACAAAACGUGCAAUACGUGUAUUCUCGAAGAGACUUCUUGAUGGAAGUUUUUGAUAUUGUUGGUCCGAUCGAAAAGCUGAUAACAAAAUUUCCAUAAUUAUAAUUUAGAAGAAUAGGCAAUUGUAAAAUAACGUUCCACUUUCCCGUUGACAUUACUUGCGCAUCGUUUUCUUCCUUCUUAACCAAUGUUUAAUUAUGUGUCGUUAACGUGAAUUGUCUCCGACAGAGUUUAAUUUCAUCAUGGCUAAAAGCAAAGUUUUCAACAUUUUCCCAUUUUACUUCUGUUUCAUCUAUACCCGAUUGUGUGGGCAUGCAAACAUGUGUGUAUUGCUAUGAGACAAAAUGUAUAUGCAGAUAUAUGUAGGUGAAAAGGUUAAAAGCAAAAGUUCGACUGACUGAUUCCACACAGAAAAGUGAAUGAAUAAAUUCCAAAGCGAUUCGUCGGGAAGGUUCUCAAUUAUUCACCAGGCGAGACCGGAGAUUCCACUGGUUCGUAACGCACACGAAUCUCAUAAAAAAACAAAACUGUUUGUUUCUAUUCACUGUACAAACCACAACGUUUAAGGAAAUGUAGUAGAAACUAGGAAAUAAGUAGAGCGAAAUUGGUGCAGUAGUAUCGAAGUGUGUGGCAGCGAAUGCAUCAAGAAAUACUAGGUAAUUCUUGUGUUUUGCUUUACGUUCGUGUUAUGAUUUCAAACUAGUAAAAAAAAUCAACGACAGCAAAAGGUACGAGAAUCGAAUCUAGGAAAAGAAAUGAAAAAAAAAAACAAAACAAAAAACAUAAACCUUCCACGGGAAGAUGAAAUUACCAAAACAUUGUACGAAGAGAGAAAUUGAUGGAAAAACAAAGCGAACCGCUACAUACAAGGAAAAACUUAUAAGGAGAAAGAAAAUAAAACAAAACAAUGUGUAUGAUUUCCAAAAAGUUUCUUAUGUGAAUGUGUUUGUUUUUUUUUUGUUGCUUUUUUAUGAAAUGUAAAAUAUGUCGAAAGAAAUUAAACAAUUUUUAAAGUUGUAUCGUUAGAAUAUUGUUUUCCCCCCUGGCCGGUCUACUCGGUGGACAACGUGUGGCCCGCCUUU